AGGAGUUGAAGAAGAGAAGAACAGGCAAAAAUAGGACGAGGCGAAGUAGUGGUUUGCGAAGAGUGUUGCUCCAAGGAGUCCGCGGAUGACGUGAAACGCUGUGCUCACAUCUGGAACAGCUUGUGCAGCUGCACCUGAAGAGGAAAGCUCCUUCGCGCAGCCUCUGCCGGCAGUUUCUCCUUCCUCCUUCUGCUCUUUUUUCCCCAGUUCUUUUUUUUUUCUGGUGAUCUGUAAUUCUUUUUCUCUCUGGUUUCUGCCUGCCUUAGUGCUGGGAUGGUUUCCCGCUGUGCAUCAGACAAGAAGAGCAUGUAAAUUGAAGACAAAGAGAAGAGGGGAGACAAGAGAAAAGCGGACAUUAACAUGGAAAGGAACUAUUAGGUAUGAGGUAGGAAAGAAAAGUUUAUGUUUGCGUUAUGAGUGUAGGUGCAGAGAAGUGGGGGCAGGAGAGGAAAAAGAAAGGAAUGGAGGAGGAGGCACAGGGGGGAUUAAGAAGCUGGAAUGUGCUAACAUUGGAGACCUGAGUUUUUGUUUGCAUUUGGCACAGCACAUCCUGUCACUCCACAGGUUUGUCCACACGUUCAGUUAUUUACCAACACACACACUUACUUACGUGCUCACUGUUUGCUUUGGAGGAUGGUCCCAGGAGGCCAUGCCAGGAGAGGUGAACACCUUCCAAGGAGCUAGGUUUCCUCCCACCCUGCUUCCCAAAAGUAUCCUCCUUCUCUCUUCUCACUCCUUUUCUUAGCCCUUCUGUCUUACCUGCACCAGUUUCAACAUGCUGCAGCUUCAGAGUAACAGAAAGGCAAGAAAUCUUCCAGAAUGCCCUCCGGAUACAGCUACAGUCACCCCGGCUGAGGAAAACUAAGUAGCUUUCACUUGUAGACUAACCUACAGGAUGUCUAAAGCCUCCCGGCUUGCUCGCCCCCCAUCAGCGGGAGCAGGAUCCAAGCUUCCUUCCCCAAGAAAGGAAUGCCCUAGCACCACGGCCUUGGCUUGUCGUGCCCGGGUACUAAGUGUGGGGGAGAAGCUAAUGAGGGCAGGUAACGAUGGUGCCCUGAACAGACAGAAGCCCUUAAGUGGAGCUGUGACACAGGACAAACCCCAAAGUGAGACCCAGACUGAGAUUCGGGACACUAGUUCAUGUGAAAAGGACCAGAAUGUGGAGAUGGUAUCUCCCAAAAGCAGGAUCAGCCCACCCAAAGUUUCAAGUCAGCAGCAGGGUUCAGUGCAAAAACAAACCAAAAGCAACCUGAAGGUGACCUCCCCAGAGGACACUGAACAUGUAAGCCGUAGGCAGGCGUCUCCAAAUGGGACAUCUUCUACAAGAGGGGAUGCCAAAGGCAACCGCACUGUCCCUCGAAGGCACACAUUAGGUGGGGCCCGCAGCUCCAAAGAGAUCCUGGCCAUGCAGCCAUCAGAUAUGGACAAGAAGAGGGAGGCCUUCCUGGAGCACCUGAAGCAGAAAUACCCCCAUCAUGCCUCAGCAAUCAUGGGCCACCAGGAGAGGCUGAGAGAGCAGUCUUUACAGGCCAUGAUUGCUUCUCUUCACUCUGAGCUUGACAUUCAGAGGUAUUUGAUGAAAAUCCAAUCACCCUACCAAAGCAGAAGUCCAAAGCACGGCCCCAGCCCACAGCCUGGCAUUGGGGAUCAGGUCGACCACCUAUCCUUGGCCUCACUAGAGUCGUUGGACACCAUGUCUGAAACGGACGCACCCACAGCCUUCACCCGCGGCAGCCGAGUCCGUGCCAGCCUGCCAGUGGUGCGAUCGACCAACCAGACAAAGGACCGCUCAUUAGGUGUACUCUACCUGCAGUACGGCGAUGAGACCAAACAGAUCCGCAUGCCGAAUGAGAUCACCAGCAUCGAUACAAUCAGAGCUCUGUUUGUCAGUGCCUUCCCGCAGCAGCUCAACAUGAAGAUGUUGGAGUCACCCAGUGUUGCUGUCUACGUCAAAGACGACAUGAGGAACAUGUACUACGAACUCACUGAUGUCAGGAACAUCACAGAUCACUCUUGCCUCAAAGUGUACCACAAGGAUCCCGCUCAGGCUUUCAGCCAUGGACCUCGGCCUGCCAACGGCGAUGCCAGGAUGCACAACGAGAUGGCACAUGUCACCCGUGAUGGUCAGCACCCUCUUAGACAUCCACCUAUGGGUCCUCCAUCACACCAUCCCCUGCAGGGAGCACUCCCACCUUCUCCCCACUCCAUGCCACCAUCCCCCUCCCGAAUCCCAUUUGGCCCACGUCAGAACUCUGUCCCUGGAAGCGCCACUAUCCCAAGGGACCGGAUGUCUAGUGUCAAUCCUCCAACCCGGUCCGUCUCUCCUUGUCCCAGCGCUAUACUGGAGAGACGGGACGUGAAGCCAGAUCAAGACUUGGGUGGGAAAAGCCACACUCUAACUAGAGGGAAUGAAGGUUUGUAUGCAGAUCCAUAUCUGCUCCAAGAGGGACGAAUCAACAUGACUGCAGGUCAUGGGCAGCACGGCAGCCCUGGACUUGAUGGUCCAGAACAUGGCAUGGGGGGAUUUCACCGUGCCUCCAUCCGCUCUGCAAGCUCUUAUGGUGGGCCCAGUCCUACAGACUCUGUUGAUCACUCUCCUUUGUAUAGGCAGAAGUCUCGAAACAGUCAGUUGCCUACUUUGGGUUCCAAGACUCCUCCUCCGUCCCCUCACAGGAUGACUGAGGUACGGAUGAUUGAUAUCCACAGCAUGCCCCCUCAUGGUGUACCACCUCAUGGUGUUCCACCUCAUGGUGUUCCACCUCAUGCUGUCCCACCUCAUGGUGUUUCCCUGGAGAGAGGCUCACCAGUGCGCCAGUCCUUCAGAAAGGAAGAAGUUGCAGGGGCUAAGCCCAGGAACAGCAUGGGAUCUCCUGUGGUCCCAGACCCUCAAGGUCACUCUCAAGGGCCCACUCCAACUCCAAAUGACCAGGAGACACGAGAGCGAAUGAAGUUUAUGGAGCAACAGAUUACCAGCUUGACUGGUCUUGUUCAUCAUGUACUUUUAAAGGCUCCAAACUCUAGUGGCAACAAGGAGUCUCAAAGCGAGAGAACACCAAAUACUUCAUCUCCAGCUCACAGCACACCUAGUUCAGCAGGUGGAUCUACUAUCUUGGUUCCUAAAACAAGUUCAGCCCCACCAGACAAGAACUUAUCUCCACUCAAAGUGAAUCUCAUGCAGUUCAGACAGAAUGUUUCUGACCUCAGGAUACAACUUCAUCAGAUGAGACAGUUGCAGGUCCAGAACCAGGAGGUUUUACGGGUGCAGCUGAAGCGGGCAGAGCAGGAAAUUAGUAUUAAACUCACAGAGGCUAUGCGGCGGGUGGAAGACCCUGUCCAGAGGCAGAGAGCUGUGGUAGAGGAGGACAGGCACAAGUACUUGGGUCUGGAGGAGCGUGUUCUUGUACAGCUCAGUGAGCUGGAGCAAUAUGUAGCAUCUCUGCAACAAGAUUCAGCAACAACAACCAGGGUGGUGACCUUAAAGGAUGUAGAGGAGGGAGCAGUAACUCUGAGGAAGGUGGGAGAGUCUCUGGCCGGUCUUAAAGGAGAGUUCCCAGCCCUGCAAACCAGAAUGCGAGCUGUGCUCAGAGUGGAGGUGGAGGCUGUUAAAUUUCUGAAGGAAGAGCCUCACAAACUUGACAGCAUGCUAAAACGGGUCAAGAGCCUGACCGAUACUCUCAGCAGCCUGAGAAGAUAUGCAACCGAAGGCUCUCAGAAGGGAGUAGAUAUUUCCACCAAUGCCUCAGUAGGUGUCAACCACACAAAAGCUGCAGAAACCGCUGUAGAAGCUCCAUCAACAUCAGUUCAGCUCGCCUCUUCCUCAGCUCCACCAGAGGCACAGAGCUCCACCGUAAGAUCAGAGGUGAUGCCCUCCUCCCCAGUGGUCAUCCAUCAUGUCCAGAGUUCUCCAGUUCACAUACAGCAGUCCCAGCAAUCUGCAGCCCUCAUAGCUCAGCCCAGUCCUCCCCUUACCCCUAGCCCUACUCAGAUUCCCAGUCCUAACCUGAGUAAGCCUCAAGACUGGGAAUCUCCAAAAGGGUCGGUCUCAGAUCCAUCAAGUCCUGCUCGCCUCAAGAAGAUUCAUGGGAAUCUGGUGAAUAAUGGCAACAGCGCUCCUCAUCAGGAUCUUGUAAUAGAGGAGCUCCAGAACACCAAGGAGAAAAACAAAAACAGAGUUAUUUCCAUUGAGGCAGCUGAGAAGGAAUGGGAAGAGAAAAGGCAGAAUAUGGGUCAUUAUGAUGGCAAAGAGUUUGAGAAGAUCCUUCAAGAGGCUCAGGCCAACAUGAUGAAGGGAAUUCCAAGCUUAGAGGUGGAGGAAAGCCAAAUACUGCCCUCUGCUGGCAUAGUAGAACAUAGAGACAUUCCCAGCCCUUUUGAGUCACCAUCAGAGGAGUCCCUAGCAGACAAACCCACCAAAAAGGGGUCCGAUAAACUACAGAAGCCUUUAUUGGAUAAAUCUAUUAAGCCAGCAUCUUCAAAAACUGCCAUUAAGUCAGCAGCCACUGACAAUUUGACCAGACAGGGAUCUGACAAAUCAAACAAGUCCCCACCACCGCCACCUCCAAGAAAAUCCUUCUCCAGCUCAAACUCAGGCAUGACUACAACACGUUCUGGAGAGGUGGUCUAUACAACUCGGAAGGAAAGCAUCUCAGCACAGGAGGUUGAGGAAGAUGCUCCUCCUCCAUCCCCUCAGUUCAAACCCACAAAGGUUGCUCCGGAGACCAAGCCGAAGCCCAUCACACCCCCUCCUGUUACUGCUUCUGUUAACAGAGAAGAGGAGGAUGAAGGGGACAAGAUCAUGACGGAGCUUCAGGUUUUCCAGAAGUGCACAUUUAAGGAUCUAGGGAUAAAAAAUUUGGUUGAGCCUACCAAUCGAAUUGAACCCCAAAUCAAAGAACUAAGACCAGGGAAUUUGUUGCCCCACAAAGAGAAAAAGCAGAGCUCAGAACCAAGUCGAGAGGAUAAAGACCCAAACACAGAUGAAAAUGGAAACACAACUACAAGACAAAGCCCUGGGGUCAUAUAUUAUGUGACUGGCCAGAUUCCCAAAGAUCAACCACCCCCAUCAGGACUGGAAGACACCCCAGAACACAGGGAGUCCUCACAGCCUCUAACACAGGUGUCAAAUGUCAAUGCUAAUGACAAUUCUCCAAGCCAGCAGCUGCAGAUGCUGCAGAUGCAGAUGUCUCCACAACCAAAAUCACCUCCACCUGUUACACCCCCACCUAUAUCACCUAAACCCACUGGACUCAAUGGAUUCAAACUGCCACAAAAGCAAGUAAAGCGUGCUGAAUCCUUGAAGACUAGUGCAGAAGUACAGAAGGAAAAGAAACUCAACAAAACAAACACUGAAAAGAAAACCAAACAGGCCUCAGAGCAUGUUUCCUCAUUUAAAAAUAUAAAGCCUCAGCAAAUAUUACCCACAAUGAGCAAUCCUGUAAAAGAGAUACCUAAAGUUCAGCGACUCGGAAAGACUGCAAGUAACAAACGUAAUUUGACUCUAGCUAAUUUUGAUGAUGGUGAUGAUGGAGCUGGUCUUAGCCCUGACUUACCUGGAGAGGAACCUCCCCCGCCACCAGACAUUGCAUUUAUGAUCACUAACAAAAAGGUUCAGCCACUUUCUUGUGGCGAGUACCAAGAACUGGUCAGCGCCAAGAAGGGUAAUGUUCAGACAGUUACAGUUGGCAGUGCAUCAAACAAAGCCAACACCACAGUCGAUCCCACUAUGCCACAAGAUAAUGGCUUCAACAGGAAGCCUGUCAUCAUCAUUUUUGAUGAGCCAAUGGAUAUCCGCUCAGCUUACAAGCGACUGUCCACCAUAUUUGAAUGUGAAGAAGAACUGGAGAGAAUGCUUGCAGAAGAGCGCAUAGAUGAAGAAAGUGAAGAGUCAGACACUGAAAGAAGCACUGGGUUGCAAGUAAGAGCUGGUGGUGCAGAAAUGGUUGAUGGUGAAAAGAUCAUCUCCACACAAAGUACUACAGAGCACACAGGGUCAUCAUCCUCAUCUUCAUCUUCAAUAUCUGAACUAAUGGACAGUGGAAUGAACACAGAGACAAAUGGAGAUGCCAAACAAGAUGGAAAGAAGAAGUUUAAAUUUAAGUUCCCAAAGAAACAACUAGCAGCAUUGACACAAGCAAUUCGCACAGGCACCAAGUCUGGAAAGAAGACCUUACAAGUGGUGGUGUAUGAAGACGAGGAAGAAUAUGAUGGUACAGUUCGGCAGCACAGGGAAGCAAAGAGAUUUGAGAUCACUCGCUCAAAAUCCUUUGCAGAGGGCACCAAGGGAUCAGUGUCUAUCACACAAACAGACCAGAACUCAGACACCCUUUGCAGAACCAAUGAGAUUCGGAAGAAUGCCUACAAGACUCUGGACAGUCUAGAACAAACCAUCAAACAGCUAGAAACAACUAUUAAUGAAAUGGGACCAUGCUCCCCGGAGGAGCCAGCCGGCACUGAAGACACCAUGGCAAGAACUGGGAAAGAAUCUGAUGUGGUUGGGUUGAAGAGGUCUUCCUCUCUCCCUACCUCUAGAGUGCAUGGGCCUAAAGUAUCCAGUAAAGGUUUGCUGCAGAAGAAGACAAAACCUGAGCUCCUUCCUCGCCCUGUUGUCGCUCCUUCUUCCACCAGCACCUCCACCACAGUCCUCAGUGUACCCACCAGCAUACAACAGAUCCCCUUGCAGAACACCAGUGCCGCUUCCCCUACUAGUCGGAUGCCGGUCCCUUUGUCUGCGAAGUCCAGACAGUCGCCGGCUACAUCUGACAAAGCUGGAAAACAGCAAAAACUGCAGGACGCUCAGAGGCAAUUUCGACAGGCUAAUGGAAGUGCUAAAAGAGUGGGAGGGGAUCAUAAAACUGCUUCCCCUACUAUACCCGUCUCUAAAAUCCCUGCUUUUUAUCCUAGCUCUGCUAAAGGCAGCUGCCAGUCUGCGCUAAACUCAGAUGCUACUAAUCCCAUUAACCCGUCUUCUUCUGCUCCUCCUUCUGCGACAAAGUCCUCUCACACCCCCCGUUCCGGUUCCCUACCCUCAUCCCAUAUCCCCUCACUGUCUAACGGAUCCCUCAAACUCCCUGCACCUUCACAACACACAGGUAAAGCUCUCUCGUUCUCCUCACAGACUCAGAAUGGUCGAGUGCACUCCUCCUCCUCCUCUUCAUUCUCCUCCUCCUCCUCCUUCUCCCCCUCCCCUCUGUCUCCUACACCAUUGGGGCCAGGUGGAAAGAGCAUCCGCACCAUACACACCCCCAGCUUCACCAGCUACAGAUCGCACAACGGCAGCAGCAGCAAAUCCUCCAUCCCAACAACUACAGCAGCUAAGGACACAACUUAGCCACAUUAUCGCCAAGCGUGCUUUACAGCACAGCAGGUAGACCUGAAUAUAUUCCAUGUAAUAAUUUUGUUGCUUUUUAUGUUAUUUUAUUUUUUUUUUAUCAUUUGAAAGUAUUAUUAAAAUAAUGCACUCACUCUGUUUAUAUUUUGACACUGGCAUUUGCGCACUGUUUAUUUCUUUACGGUUCCUUUCCUUUUCUUUCAGUUCCCUUUUAGAUUUAAACAAUACUUGUAGUGAUUCAUAUUCUGCAUCAGAGGUGAACCCUAUGACUUAUGUUGUAAUUUUUUAUUUUAAUGACUCUUACACAUAAUUGUAGAUUGAUUUUGUAGUUGAAUUGAAAGUUUUUAUUGUGGUGAAAAUCUAUAUUUUUUGCAGUAGUUAUGAAUAGGGAAUAUAUAGUUAAUUUGCAAUCAACAUAUCAUAUAAAUUCUUUCAAUUUUGGGAAAAAGAGAAAUGUAUUAACUAGUAUAUUUAAUCCUCUAUAUUUCUUACAUUCAAGACAAAAUGUAGAAGCCUUUAAUGAAUUUAUACAGAAUUUAUGAUGAAACUCAUAAUUAACUUAGUUUUCCAAGAGUAUUUUCUUAUUUUUCACUGUCAUGAACUGCCAACUUCUUUAAUAGAUAUCAGCUGUUCUCAUUAAUGCAAGUUUUCGUUUUAUUGUGCCUAUUUGCCAAAGUGGUUGUAUUCUGACUUACUUCAUGCCUAACUACAAUCAUCUACUUUUGGAAAAUUUACUUGGCUCUUCUUGUUGCGACAGCUGACAUCAGUGGUCAAAAGUUGUGCUAACAUGUAUUGUUGCUGUUCAUGUGAUCUGUACUGAAAACAAAGUCAACGAGAUGUACAUACCAGUAAAUGCUUCUACUAAGAAAAUAAGUAGGUUUUUCUUUUAACAUACCAAAGUUUAUUUGUAUGCAUGCCUUUGAAAUAUUUUAGGAGAGUAAUGUAAAAGAGACAAAAAUAUGUUUGCACAAAUAGAUUUUGUAAAUAUUUUGGUUUUCUUUCUCUUUUUUGUAAAGCUUUAAGUCAUGACAUAAAUGAACAAUAUGGUUAAAGGCAAAAGUUUGAUGGAGUAGCAAACGCAAAUAAAGACCUGCAUGCUUCUAGUGCA